AUGGCCAUCUCGAGACUGGUUUCGUGGCUCCCCCACGUCAAGGCGCCCGUCAUCAUCAACGCGCCGAUGCUCGGUUCCGCCGGCGCCGCCAUGGCAACUGAAGUUCACAAAGCUGGCGGAUUCGGUUUCAUCGCCGCGGGCUUCGACUUCUCAGAGUCGUCGGCCCAGAUGAAGGACCUGGACAAGGCCCUCACCCAGGCCCGCACCCUCCUUUCGCUCCCGGUCGCCGACGGCGCCGGGGGACUUCCAUUAGGCGUGGGCUUCAUCACGUCCCACGAGACGGCCGGGCACUUCACCGCCAACGUCCUGCCCAUCCUCGUCCGUCACGGCGUCGCCGCGGCGUGGCUCUUCGCCCCGCACCCGGAGACCAAGCCGCACGGCGACAUCAUCGCCGCGCUCCGCGGCAAGGGCACCAAGGUCUUUGUGCAGGUCGGCAAUGUCGCGGCGGCGCGGGAGGCGGCGGCGGACGGCGCGGACGUCAUCGUCGCGCAGGGUGUUGAUGCUGGUGGUCACCAGUUCUCUCGGGGUUGCGGCGUCGUCGCGCUGGUGCCGGAGGUGAAGGCCAUGCUGGCCGCCGAGUUUCCCGACCGGGACGUGGCUGUGGUGGCGGCGGGCGGGAUCGUGGAGGGGAGCGGAGUGGCGGCGGCGCUGGCGCUGGGCGCUGAGGGCGUGGUGCUGGGAACGCGGUUCGUCGCGACGGAGGAGUCGAUGAGCGCCCAGCUGCACAAGGAGUUUAUUGUGAGGACGCGGGACGGCGGGGUGAGUACGUGGAAGUCCGACUUUCACGACCGGCUUGUAGACAAUACGUUGUGGAAGGACGGGUAUGACGGGAGGGCGAUCAUCGGAGAUAUUCAUCGGGAGUACCACGCUCUCGGCGGCAAGACGGCGACGGUGGAGGAGAGCCGCGAGAGGCUGCGGACGGGGUGGAGCGAGGAGGAAGGGAAGAAGAUGAUUGGCAAGUGGGCGGGUGCCGGGCUUGGGCUCAUUGACGAGAUCAAACCGGCUGGGGAAGUGGUUACUGAGGUGAGGGAGGCUGCGAGGAAGAGGAUCCAGGAGUUGGUUGGGUCGAUUUGA